AGUAACUACCGUUAGUUUAUUCGUCGUUGUAUACUGUAUACAGAUUUUGGAAUAGAUGAUGGUGAGGACACAAGAGCCAAAUUGGCUUUUGAAUCAUUAUUAUUACUAACUCCACACGUUGCUCCAAACCUCGCCUAUACCACCUUCAAGGAAGAAGUAGCAAACAUAUCACAGGCAGAGCCAUUCAACUCACCUUAUACUAUGGUAGGUACCGUCGAUAACUGGAAUGUAUAAAUAUGAUAAUUAAUUUGUUAAGUAUGAAAUCUACCAGAAUGGUGUUCUAGCUUGAUAACUGCGAGGACGCCUACCAAAUCUCAGUGUCAUGUCAUGGAUUUAAAAAUGCACCUGCAUAAUUCAUCCUUCCAGGAUAUUGCUUGUAACUCGCUGGUUGAUGAGUAUCAAAUAAUAAAACUUUGCUGAUAUAUUCUUUAUUUCACAUCACAUUAGUACGUCUAAAUUUAUUAGUAAAACCUCAAACGUUUCAGUAUACAUUUGUGAUGUAUAACCGAAUUAAUCUAGCUCUAACCUUUCAUUAAUGUUGGCAAUAACAGAACUUUAAGUGCUUAUAGAUAGCAACCAUAACUCAGACGUUCCAUUUCUGGUGAUCAGAACAGACCGUCCUGUAUCCUGUAGUAGCAGCAGCAGCAGUGAAGGGCUUUUAGUACAUUGUUGUCCUAUUUCGCCGUUAGUAUAUUUUGUAAAACGUAUAAUUUAUUUAUCUAGGUCUCUGCAAUAUUUUAGAAUGUGGAAUGCUAAUUUACAGACAUAAUUUUGGAUAUUUAUUGAUGGACACUAGGUACUACAAUAACUCAUUAGUCCAUUAAGUAAAUCGUGUAGAAGAGUCAAUAUUUCAUGCAUAUGUAUUAUGGUAAACGCGUUCCCAUCCUAUUGAAACAAGAUAAUGCAAUAAAUCAGCCUAAUUAAUAAAUGUUUAAUGUUGGAUCUUGUAGGACAGCCCAUGGUUCACGUAUGGUGCGUUUCUGUAUGAUGCCGUUGUACUGCUGGCAAACGUUUUCCACGAGGUAAUGGUUGAUGGACACGACCCUCGAAAUCUUACAACAUUAGUCGACAGAAUUAAAGGACGAGAAAUUGAAAGUAUCAGUUCAAUCACGAUUCAAUUUGAUGAUGAUAGUGGCGAUGCUUUUGUAUCAUUUGACGUACGGGACAUGACUAAAUUUUCACUGGACGAUCAUAUUAAAGGAAUGGUCCCAGUAGCACAGAUAACACGAAACAUCAACAGCGGACAAUGGAUGUAUGAGCCUAUUGUUGAUGCGCCGGAUGUACAUUGGCCUAAUCGCACAAGCCCGCCGAUCGAUUACCCUCCUUGUGGUUACGCUGGCGAGUUCUGCAAAAUCCCAAAUUAUAUGGCAGCUAUGUGCGUGAUCCCAAUAAGCAUAAUCGUCAUAGGACUCAUCGUUUACAGGUAUGACAACCAUGGAUGAAGUUGCCAAAUAUAGAUGUAUUUUAAAUAACACAUCAAUAGAC